CUUUCUCUAAAAACUCUGAAAUUUCAAUAACAGUUUCUUGUUCUCUUUCCCAGAAUUAUAAAAACACAGCUCCCCUCCUCUCUUUUCUCCCUAUUUUAUAUGUAUGCCUGACCCUCCAUAACAGAAUAUCACAGCAUUCAUUAAAGUGUGAACAUUUUUUCACAUAUACAUCAACACAUACCACCCAACACCAAAAGUCCCAUAAACCCAACCAAAGGUACCAUUUUGGGUACACCCAUCUCUUCUGUUGUGCUCCAUCCCACAAAACCCAGAUUGAAAAGAACACAAAAAAGGGUUUUGUUUUUGUACACAGGAAUCAACAGAACAAAACCCAAUUUCUAAUGGGUGGUGGUUGUGUUCGGAGGAGCAGAAGCAGUAGUAGAACUAGAACUAGUUCAUGUCGUGUGUUUCUUCUAGUUGUGACUCUGUUGUUCCGGCCAAGCCAAUCAGAUCCGAGCGACGAGGCAUGCCUAACUCAUCUAAGCCAAUCCCUACAAGACCCGAACCACUCGUUACAGAACUGGACCAAAUCCACCUUCGCAAACCCAUGUAGCGGCUUCACUUCUUAUCUCCAAGGCGCCACUUGCAACAAUGGCCGCAUCUACAAGCUCUCCCUCACCAACCUCUCUCUCCGUGGCUCCAUCACUCCUUUCCUCGCCAACUGCACCAAUCUCCAGUCCCUCGAUUUGUCUUCCAACUUCAUCGCCGGCCCUAUCCCGCCGGAGCUUCAGUCUCUUGUCAAUCUCGCCGUGCUGAACCUCUCGUCGAACAGAUUGUCCGGCCCGAUUCCGCCGCAGCUCACAUUGUGUGCUUACCUCAACGUCAUCGACCUCCACCAGAACCUCCUCACCGGGACCAUUCCCCAGCAGCUGGGUCUGCUCGUUCGCCUCUCGGCUUUUGACGUCAGCAACAACAAGCUGUCCGGUCCGAUUCCGAGUUCUCUUGGGAACCGGAGCGGGAGCUUGCCGAGAUUCAAUGCGACGUCAUUUGCCGGGAACAAGGACCUUUAUGGGUACCCUUUGCCACCUAUGAAAGCCAAAGGGCUUUCGGUUCUGGCCAUUGUUGGGAUCGGAUUGGGAAGUGGGCUUGCGAGCUUGGUGCUUAGCUUUACUGGGGUUUGUAUAUGGCUCAAAAUCACAGAAAGAAAAAUGGCUCUUGAAGAAGGCAAGAUCACUCAGCUUAUGCCUGAUUAUUGAAGACCCUAUCUAGUCUAAUCCCAUUCAAUUCUUCAGCUUCUCUCUUGGGUUAGUUAGUUUCUGCCCUCUUUGUUUCUUUUUUGGGAUCAAUUUGCUUAGUUUGGUUUUUGCUCCUUAACCAUUUUGGGUCACUUGUUUCUUUUUCUGGUUUGGAUAUCUCUAUAACCUUUUCUAAACAAUGCAUGUAUAGACCCCCAAUUCAAAACAAGAAUGCUUCUUCAGUCAAAUUAGCAGCAGCUAGCUCUAUAAAUCUCUAUUUUUCUUUCUUUCCCCUCAUCCGAGUCUCAAUGAUGUAAUGUAAUAUGUAACUGAGACAAUAUAAAUGGAUUUCUCAUC